AAAACUGCACGUUCUUUUAUUUUGAAAACCGAAUUACAUUAUUUUGAAAAGAAUUGUUAAUUAUCCGCUUCCACUCAAAAGUUGCUUUAACGGUCAAGUGAGCUAAAAAUAGAAGAAAAGUGAAGUUUCUCUGCCAAUUUUUUAUGUUUCGUAUUGAAAACAAAGUUUAACGCGCUAUUGCUGCUCGGCUUUACAGCAGUGCUACUGGUUUGUUAACGUUUGUUUACUUAAUAGCUAGCUAACUGGGCUAGUUCAAAACGGCAACAAUAACGCUAACGGGAGUUAAACAGGAUGUAAUAUAAUAAAUCCUAUGAUGUGAUGGAUGAAGGAAGGAGACUGUUUACUUCAAACGGGAGAGCCCAUCGUUCUCUCUGGUUAGAUGGUACCUGGAUCAUGUUUAUAUCAACAUCCGUCAUUCAGCGUCACUUUUGACUGAGUUUCAGAUGUUUCUGCUGAGCCUAAUUAGGCACAGCACGUCUGUGGAAAAGCUUCAUGAUGGAUGGUACAGGAAGACAGUGGGUCAAAGCUUCCUCCAUCCAGGCAGAUUCCGUCUGUCGUAGCUCACAGAGUACAGAGCUUCCAGUGAAAGACCUGAGUAGCUCCACCGUUCAGAGGCAGAGGAGGGAGCUCCAGCUGCUGAUGGUGGAGCUGAAGGACAGAGAGAUGGAGCUGAAUGCCAUGGCUGCCUCGCACCACCAGCAGCAUCAGGCCUGGGAACAAGAUCGUCAGAGAGCGUUGGUGUUGGAGCAGAGGUGUGCUCGUUUGGACGAGGAACUGCGCAAGCGUAACGAGGUGAUGAGGGCUGUGACAAAACACGUUUGUGUUGUGGAAAGCAGAGAAAGGGAGGUGCAGAUGGAGCUCAGCAAAGCCAAACAGAAGCUCUGUGAGCUUGAAGAGAAACAAGAACACAUCAUCGGAAAAUGCCGAGACUAUGAGGAGAAGAACCAGAGUCUCAGCUCCACCGGCAUGGCUCUGUCUACUCAAGUUGGCUCUCUGCGGGUCAGGGAGGAAGAACUGAGCGCCGUGCUCAAGCUGAAGGUAAACCAAUCCAACUAUUUUAGUAGCUCUGUCCGUUCUUGUCCUUCAAUCGUCCAGUUUUGUUUAAAUCACAACCAGGACAAAGAUGUGACUGAAGCCUCUGGUCGUACUCUGGAGCUGACGGGGAGACUCCGAGACCUGGAUGCUGCGCUGACACAGAGCCGCUCACAGGAAAACAAGCUCUUCAGAGACUCUGAGGAAAAUAAGCGUAGAUACAAAGAAACCAAACACGAGGUCAAUCAGCUCAGAGAGGAGCUGCAGCAGCAGGUGACACAAAGCAGCACCCAGAGGGAGGAGAUCAUCCGUCUGAAACAGGAGCUCCAGCUGCUUCAUGCUGAUCUGGUCCUGACAGCAGGGGAGGGCGACAGCUGCUGGAGCUGUCUCGCACCAAACAGGAACGCAUCAUGUCUGCGCUGCGCUGCCUGCGGCAGCCAGGACGAGUUGGCAUGUAGCCAUCUGGACCAUCCGUCAUCUCGAAGUCUUCGAGGGACGAACCGGAGGCCCGAUCACGAUGCUUUAGCAGUAACUGAUCUCCAAACCAACAACAAACCAGGAGUCCUGUCGGCACGUGUUACAGAUCAGGGCAGUGAUCAUCUGUCUAGGUGCUCUCUGCAGCACCUGUUGGGUGAGUCCAGGCUGCUUCACAAAGCAGCAGCAGCCCCAAACGCCUCAGCUUACCACAGCGGACCGACCCGGUCUCCAGCCGCAGGGUUGCUGACCCGCUUUACGUCCACGAGUGUCUGAGAGCCUAUCAUCUCCGCCCAAAUACCUCAUUACACAAGGCCGGCGUUGAUCCACCCAGUUCUUGUCUCCAUCCCAGUGUCACCCAGCCUGCCAGUCGGGCAGACGACGGACUUUAAGGAGGAAAGAAUCUUCUGUGUGAAAAUGUCAGUAAUUAUCAGUGUGUGUCACGAUGUGAGGAGAAAAUAGUUUCAACAAGAGAAAUGAUGGACAAUAAUGAACUAUAAUGAAAAGAAUGAAGCACGAUGUUAAAAGGCUGGGAUAUGAAAACACGCCAGCAGUAUUUACACCAGAUCAUGUGGUCUAUUGUACAGUCACUAAAUCAGCAUGUCGAUAAAACAAAGGAAAUCAGUAUUAUGUCAUUAAAUGAGUGGGCGUGGCCACGCCACAUAUGGAACUCAGGAAAAGACACUUGUGUGUAUUUUUAUAACCGUAAUAAUGUUUUGUCCCUGAAGGUGGUCGACGCCGCCGGUAUAAUCUAACAGAUGAACAAAUUUACACAAUGUCUUUUCUAAAAGGCGGUUUUGUUUGGAGUGAGACGUGAAACCAGUCCUACUGGGCUGAUCAGUGGUUUGUUUUUCCAGUUUCACAGCUUCCAGGUCAGCCCUGAGAUGUGAGGAAACCUCUGUAGCUGUUCGUGUAACCUGGAGGUCCUGCUUCUCUUGAUGAAGCCCUUCAUGUAAAAACUACAUGUCUGUGGUUUUUAUUCGUUUAUUUCUUUAGUUUCCUGGUUUACACAUCUGUCACGUGUGGAUUUGUGGGCUAGAUUUGGAACCUUGCUACACAGGUUUUUAGGUUUUAACCGUAAAGGUGAGCGUGGCGGAGAAGAAAUCCUGUUUAACUGGAGCGCUGAGAGCACCUGACCCAGCUGGAUUCUUCUGGAUUUAUUCAGCUACCUAUAAAGGCACACAA